AUGAAGCGUACUAGAGAAUAUGUUGAGAGCACAAGCCGCCCAUUAGGCUGUUAUGGAAACAUUCAACCAUUUCCGAUGAAUAUGCACACCACAGUAGCUUCAAAUGAACCACAUUCGUUUCGAAAUACACCUCUUCAUCCUCCAAUGCCCAUCAGCAAUGCUCGACUUGCUCAAGAAUCAAAUGUGCCUGUAUACUCACGAACUCCACCGCCAGAUUUUGUGCAAACACCUUCGGCUCAGACUGCUUCUCAGGGUCUUGCAACAGAUUUCACGCAAUUUCUGUUAAAAAAGGAAUUGCUCUUUUCACGUCUGAUCCACUUUAAUGACAAGCCAGAAUUAUAUCCUACAUGGAAGAAUAGUUUCAAAUCUAUCAGGUUUGAUCUCAAAGUCACUCCAGCAGAGGAAGUUGAUCUUCUUGUUAAAUGUACGGGUCCCUUAUCUCAGCAGCACAUGCUGAGCAUCAAGGCUGCCAACUCGAGCAACCCAGCUCGCGCACUUACAAGGUGCUGGACCCGACUAGAAGAAAGAUAUGGAUGCCCUGAGAUGAUGGAAGCAGCACUGAAGUCAAAGCUAGAUACAUUUCCUACUAUCACUACUAAGGACAUCCAUCAUUUAUAUGAUCUGUCUGAUAUCAUCGACGAGAUAAAUGCAUCCAAGGAAGAUAGCAGAUACUCUUGUUUGUUGGCUUAUUUCGAUAGUUCUACGGGUGUGAUUCCUAUAGUGAGAAAGCUUCCGUUCAGCCUCCAGGAAAAGUGGACAAAUAUAGCGGUAAAAUACAUGAAGGAUCAUUGUGUAUCAUUCCCACUUUUUACAGUCUUCGCAGACUUUAUUCGGGAGCAGAGUCGCAUAAAGAACAACCCAUCAUUCACUUAUUUAAUGGAAUCUAAAAUAGACAGUCAACAGCAUGACAAACGUGUACGUGAAAGGAAUUUGCAUGUUUCUUCCAAGAAAACGGACAUAUCUCGGGCGGAGGAAGACAAAGAGGAAAGAAAAUGUCCCUUGCACAAUACAUUUCACUCCCUUAAUAAAUGCAAGGGCUUCGCGAUGAAAUCCCUGGAAGAAAGAAGGAAGUUCUUAAAGGACAAAAACAUUUGUUUUAGAUGUUGUGAAUCACGAUCACAUAAACAAAGAGACUGUUCAGUCCCUGUGAAGUGUGACGAAUGUGACAGUACAUCUCAUCCCACAGCACUCCAUUGUCAUGCCGCAAAGAACCGAUUAGAACGAAGGCAUGAUGGCGGGGAGAAGCAUGACACUAAGGAAACUUCAGAUGUGAAAGUUGCUUGCACUGACAUUUGUGGAAGGAACUUUGGUGGCAAGUCUUGUGCUAAAACCUUACUUGUUCGAGUAUUCCCAAAAGGACAACCCCAGCAUGCAAAACUGAUGUAUGCAGUCAUCGAUGAUCAAUCGAACCGUUCUCUUGUCAGUCCCGAGUUCUUUGAGCUGUUUAACAUACAGAGUGACUCUACUUCAUACAUGCUCUCAUCAUGUGGUGGAACUAUUCAGACAUCGGGAAGGAAAGCAGAAGGUUUUGUUGUUGAGUCAUACGACAGUACCUGUAAGAUGAAUCUACCGACUUUGAUCGAAUGCAGUCAGGUUCCAAAUGUACGCGAUGAGAUUCCCACACAGGACAUUGCGUUGCAUUACAGCCAUCUUCGUGAUGUAGCAAGAUUCAUUCCUCCACUCGAUCAUGAUGUGGACAUUAUUUUGCUCCUGGGAAGAGACAUUAUCCAGGCUCACCAUGUCCUUGAUCAACGCAUUGGUUAUGGUAACCAAUCUUACGCACAGAAACUUCAUCUUGGGUGGGCCAUAAUAGGUGAAACUUGUUUAGGCAAGACUCAUGCACCAGCAGUGGUCAACACAUACAGAACACACUUACUAGGAUCCGGUCGUGUAUCAUUAUUUCCUCCCUGUACAAAUGAGUUCAGGAUUUGUGAGGAUUCUAACCGACAUUAUGGUUUCAGCAACAGAAACGCAGCAACACAUCUUAACAAUGAAGACUUUGGCGAGAAUGUUUUUCAGAGGACAAAGGACGAUGAAAAACCAGGCAUGUCUGUAGAUGAUCGUGAAUUCCUUCAAAUCAUGCACGAAAGCCUUCAGAAGGACAACACUGGAAACUGGGUUGCCCCUCUACCCUUUCGCCAACAACGAUUGAAACUUCCGAACAACAGAUCACUCGCUCUUAGAAGAGCCAAAGCAUUAGAUGUCAAUCUUCAGAAAAAUCCAAUUAAGAAAGAACAUUUUCUUGCAUUCAUGGACGGAAUAUUGAAAAAUGGCCAUGCAGAGGUUGCACCACCAAUAUCAGAACAAUGUUGGUUUCUUCCCAUAUUUGGCAUAUAUCACCCCAAAAAGCCUGAUCAACUACGAGCCGUGUUUGACUCUUCAGCUAAAUAUGGAGGAUUAUCUUUAAAUGAUGUUCUUCUAACUGGGCCAGAUCUUACCAAUAGUCUGCUAGGAGUCUUGUUCAGAUUUCACAAGGAAUCAGUCGCAAUCAUGGGCGACAUCCAGCAGAUGUGUUACUGCUUUAAGGUACACGAGGACCAUCGAAACUUCCUAAGGUUCUUUUGGUAUGAAGAGAAUGAUCCAAACAGAACAAUGAUAGAAUUCAGAAUGCCGAUUCAUGUGUUCGGAAAUAGCCCGUCACCGUCAAUUGCCACUUAUGGUCUUCGCAAGACAGCAGCAGUUGCUGAGCCAGAAUUUGGGAAGGAUGUAACUGACUUUGUAGAGAACAAUUUCUACGUCGAUGAUGGUCUGUUAUCUCUUCCUACUGUCCCACAAGCUAUUGACCUGAUGAAGAGAACACAACAAGCUCUCCAGUCACAAGGCAACUUUCGAUUACAUAAGAUAGCCUCUAACCACAAAGACGUGCUGAACGCCUUUCCAGCAGAUGAUUUAGCUAAAGGUAUGAAGGAACUUGAAUUUGGAAAGGACUCUCUUCCGAACCAACGUAGUCUAGGACUCAACUGGAACUUGAAAUCUGAUGUAUUUUUCUUUCAAGUCGCUACGGGAGACAAACCUUACACGAAAAGAGGAGUAUUAUCUACGAUAAACAGCAUAUUCGACCCCAUUGGGUUUCUUGCUCCUGUUGUGUUUGAAGGAAAGAGUCUCCUGAGACAUCUGGUAUGUGGCGCGGUCGACUGGGAUGAAACGUUACCAGCAGAACAGAUGGAUGACUGGAAACGCUGGAAGGAGUCAUUAGUUCAUCUAGAUGAUAUCAAAAUACCACGUACAUACCUACCUGGUUCCCUGUCAAACUGUAAAGAGGAAUCGGUUCAUAUCUUCUGUGAUGCGUCUGAACUUGCAAUUGCCGCAGUUGGCUACCUGAAGACAACUUCUCAGAAAGAUGAAUGCAACGUCGGUUUCGUCAUGGGAAGAGGAAAACUCGCUCCACCUCAUGGAUACACAAUUCCACGACUGGAAUUGUGUGCAGCGGUAUUGGCUGUGGAACUAGCUUGUUCCAUCUCAGAUCACCUUUCGAUUCCGAUUGAUGAAUUCAGUAUGUAUUCUGACAGUCGUGUGGUCCUUGGAUACAUUUAUAACACAUCAAGACGAUUUUACACUUAUGUAACCAAUCGUGUGUCAUUCAUUCAGAAAAUGACUAAACCGGUCCAGUGGUAA